UUAAGCUAGGAAAAUUUUGAUAAAAAAAUCCAAGAAAAAACGGAAAUAAGGAAGACAAUACAAGGCUAUACAGAGUUUUCUGUUAGAAAAAAGCCAAGUUAUUCUUUAUUAAAAUCCUAAAAAAAAUUAAAUAAAAAUUUAAAGAUUUUUAAAUUUAAAAGACAAAAAGAAUAUUUUAAAAACGAAUAGUUAAUAGCGAGCAUUAAUAAGAGAAUUUUCUAUUUUGGAUUUUUUUUUAAAAAUUAUUUAAUUAAUCUGUUUUUAUAAUGAACAAAAACGUAUCUCAACCAUAUUCAUUUUAUUCAGCGACUAAUGAUGAUUUUUUUUUAAAAAAUUAUAACCUAAAUGAAAGGAAAUCAAAUGAAAUAUUGAAUGAUAAAAAGAAAAAGAUUAAUUUAACGAAUUAUACAAAUUCUCCUAUAAAACAAAAUUCUUACUUAAGCUUACAAAGAAACAAAUUAAAUAAAUCUAAGAUUUUUAAUAAAAAAAUUGAAAAUUCAAUAAUUUUCUCAAAAAAAUUAUCUAUCAAUAACGAACAAUAUACACCUUAUUAUAAUCUUUCAUCACAACAAUGUUCGACACAUAUAAAAACAUCAUCAAUACUAAAUAAUAGAAGAUCACUUCAUUUAUAUCAUACAUCCGGGAUUUGGAUGGAUUGGAAGCAGCCUUUUUAUUCAUUGAAUCAAUCAAACAUUGAAAAAUCUAGUUUUUUUCAUAAUUCUAGUCCAUUUGAUUCUUGUACAUCCAAAAAUUUAUCAUUAAAUAUGCAAUAUUCUUCAAUAGAUAACAAUCUGGAUUUAAAGUCAUCAUUAAGAUCUUUUAGUGAUUCUAUAGCCAUUUCGAAUAAUUUUAAAUUACCUGAAAAAUCACCAAAAAAAUCUUUUAAAUGUGAAAAUGUUUCAGAAUUUGAACCAUUAUCAAAAAGAAGUUCUUUUUCAAACUUAUUAUCGGAUUUUUGUUCUAUAAAAUUAGAACCGAAUCUUUCAAAAGAAAAGAAAUACCCUUUACUUAGAAAAAUGGAUCAUCAAGGAAAACCUAUUAGCCUUUUACAUGCUUCAACGAUAUAUUUAACUGAAAUUUUUAAAAUGUGUAAUCCAAAAUUUGACUAUGAAUCAUAUAAAAAUCCUAAAAGAGUUCUUACGAAACCUAGCAAAGGUAUAAAAAAUGACGGAUAUGAUAAUGAAGAUAAUGACUAUAUUUUAUAUGUUAAUGAUAUAUUGGGCUCCGAUAAAGGCCAUAGAUAUUUAAUACUCGAUAUUUUGGGACAAGGCACAUUUGGGCAAGUUGUUAAAUGUAAAAAUAUGCAAACUCAAGAAAUUGUAGCGGUAAAAGUUAUAAAAAAUAAACCUGCUUAUUUUAAUCAAAGUAUGAUGGAGAUAACUAUAUUAGAUCUAUUAAACAAAAAAAUUGAUAAAUCAAGAAAACAUAAUAUUUUACAAUUAAAAGACACGUUUAUUCAUAAAAAGCAUCUUUGCAUUGUUUCUGAACUUCUCAGUCUAAAUUUAUAUGAACUUAUAAAACAGAAUCAAUUUAAGGGACUAAGCACAAAUUUAGUUAGGAUUUUUGCAAUUCAAAUACUAGAUGCAAUGAUUGUUUUAAAUGAGGCAAAAAUAAUUCACUGUGAUUUGAAACCUGAAAAUAUUCUUUUAAACAAUUUAGAAACUCCUGUAAUUAAGAUUAUUGAUUUUGGCUCAGCGUGUUAUGAAAGACAGACUAUAUAUACAUAUAUUCAAUCAAGAUUUUAUAGAAGUCCAGAAAUUUUGCUUGGUUUACCAUAUUCAUCGUCAAUUGAUAUAUGGUCUUUUGGAUGUAUCGUGGCUGAAUUAUUUCUUGGUCUUCCUCUUUUUCCUGGUACUUCUGAAUAUAACCAAAUAUUUAGAAUUAUAGAAAUGCUAGGAAUGCCUCCCCCCUGGAUGAUAGAAAUGGGAAAACAAUCAAGUGAUUUUUUUGAGAAAAUUGUAGACGAUACAGGUCUUAAAGUAUAUUGUUUGAAAACUAUGGAACAAUAUGCAAAAGAACACAAUACAACAGAAGUACCAAAUAAAAAAUAUUUUUCUGCUUCUACAUUACCGGAAAUAAUAAAAACAUACCCUAUGCAAAAGAAAUUUUCAAAAUCAGACAUAGAUGAAGAAUUAGCUUUGCGUAUAAUUUUAAUCGAUUUUUUAACAGGUUUAUUAAAUAUCAAUCCUUUAGAACGCUGGUCGCCUCAACAAGCUAAAAUGCAUCCAUUUAUAUUAGGAAAGGAGUUUUCUAGAAAUUAUACCCCUUCUGUUAAUUUAAAAUCUCCUACAAAAAAUUCUCAACAACAAAACUAUUUAAACCUUUUUUAA